AUGUCGCAAGAUCCAUUUUUACGUAGACUUUCUCAAGAUCUAACCGAACUUCUGGAGGAAGGAGAUGAUUAUAACAUUAUAAUUGAAGCUGGGGAUGCGCCCAAUAAUAAAUUUUUCAGGUUGCAUUCGAUGAUAUUGAGGCAUCGAUCGCCGUACUUUCGUAGAAAGUUAUUGGACAUGUCAAAAGUUGUCGAAAUAAAAAAGAAUCACAUUCCCGUCGAAGUUUUUUCGGUUAUUGUCAGGUAUAUGUACGGCGGGUUGAUCAAUCUAGAUGAACUGGAACCGUCUAUGAUCCUUCAGCUUUUAUGCGCAGCCGAAGAGAUUGAACUUGAAGAAUUGGUAAUCUAUAUUGAAUCCUUCUUACUCGACAAUCAUACCGAAUGGUUGCGCCAAAAUUUUGCUCUCAUCAAUCGUACUUGCUUCCGAUACGAAGGAUUUCGUGGCCUUCAACGGUUCUGUACUGGCAUAAUCGCCCAGAAGCCCGAGAUGAUCUUUGAGUCCGAUGACUUUACAAUAAUUCAAGAAAGUGCUUUGGUCUCAUUGCUGCAACGUGACGAUCUCAGAAUGGAAGAAUGUACCGUUUGGGAACAUGUGCUUCGUUGGGGGAUCUCUCAAACCUUAACAAUCACUUCGAGUCCUGAAACCUGGUCGAGGGACGACUUCUCUGCACUUAAAAGCACACUGAAAAACUGCUUACCUUGGAUUAGAUAUUUUCAAAUGUCCCCCGGGCAAUUUUACGAUAAAGUCUUACCGUAUGAAAAGAUUUUACCAAAGACCAUCUUUAAGGAACUCUUGCAACACUUCCUGAUUCCCGACAGACCGCUGAACACCAUCCCGUUAGCACCGAGAUCAUCUACAAUUAUUACUUCUAGACAUGCCGCACUAAUUUCAUCUUGGAUCGACCACAAUUCCAGAGUUUAUGAAAUCAAUGAAAACCCUUAUGAAUUUAAAUUAUUGCUAAGAGGCAGUCGAGACGGAUUUAGAGCAAAAAAGUUUCACGAAUUAUGCGAAGACAAGCAACGCACCGUGUGUGUGAUAAGAGUUCACGGAACUGGUGAAAUCAUUGGUGGAUACAAUCCCACGUCGUGGGGUAAAAGUGGUUACGGCCAAACGACGGAGAGCUUCAUUUUUGCGCUGGACGAUAUUGAUUUGAAAAAUUCAAUAAAAAGUAGGGUCAAGAAUAUGAACUACGCGUUAGACUAUUAUUCAUAUUACGGACCAACGUUUGGGGGAAGAGAUCUGGCGCUCGAAGAUAACUUUAAUGAAGAAGCGAGAGGAUACUGUAAAAAGAAACACUAUGAGAAAUCUAUUAGGAAAACGGAGGAACCUUUUAAGGUUCACGAUUAUGAAAUAUUCCAGGUUUUAGAUAAAUCCUUUAGCUAA